GUCCUUUAAAAAAAAAAUAAAAAAAUAAUCGAUGGAAGAAGGAGAAAAAGACACUCUUCAGAAUUCACGACGCAUGGAGAAUGUUUCAGAAUCUUCAUCAAAAGGCACCAAACGCCGGCGAACUGAAAAUUCCGACGCCGGAAACACUUCAUCAUCACUCGAGAACGAUCUUACAUUCACCGAUACACUUCUCGCUCUUCAAAUCAUGCGAGCUCAAUUUCCCCAAAUUCCUAACGUUUCGGUGGAACCGUUUAUGUUGAAGUCUCAGUUGUAUAGCAGUGUGAAGGAUAGAACGCAAGUUGAUAGGGAAUUGGAGUCGCUACGGAGGGAUAAAGUGCUUCGGCUUUUUAAAUUAAAUACCGGACAAGAUGAUCAUGCUGUAAUGUUUUUCGAUGACUACCUGAAACAGAUAGAUCGUGUUGUUAAAAGAAUGGAAGGAAAGACGGGAGCAGAAUGUGAAGUUUUUGAGUGGUUCAAAAUCCAUGUCCUAGAUUCAAAGCUGGAUACUGGCAUCAAACAUGAAGAGCUUUGCUCACUCUUAUCACUUGGGGGAAAGGCGAAGGACAGUCAUAUUUCCCUUCUAAUUAAUGCAGGCAUCCUUACCAGGCAACUUAUUGAUCCAAACAUGUAUUGGAUAGCAAUUCCAAAUAUUGGCUCACUUCUUAAGGGUCUUGUUCAGGGAAGGAAGGAAAUUAUUUCCCUUCUCAGUCGUCGUCAAUAUAAGGAGAUGAUGUUGGCUGUUUUGGAAAAGAAGCGUCUUCGAAUGUCCCCACUUGAUAUGAGAUUUCAUCUUCGUGAUUUGAUUGGUUCUGGUCACCUCAGAUCUGACCAGACUCCUGCUGGUAUAAACAUCAGAAUCUCAAAAGAUUAGAGAUCCAGAAAGUCAUAGAUUUACUUGGAUCCAUGAGAUGAUUUGUCUGCUGCUUUUUGUUUUAAUCUCAAGAAGAGAUUCAGUUGCUUAUUGCUUUGGAUCUACAAUUGACAAUUUUUUUAUUUAUAAAUGGAUAUAUAAUUGGUGUAUCACUUCAAAUGUCUGUUUUACAUGUGAGACAACUAUAUAGAUGAAAUAUUAUUUCAUCCUUUGAUUAAGGAAAAAGUUACGAUAUAUAAGAUUAAAUACUAUAUGGACCAAUUGAAGCCAA